GCAAUUCUUGAAAAAAAAAGUAAAAGACAUGAAUCAGCUUUCCAUAACUGCAGUUGAACUCUUGGUGUCUGAGUGUUAUCGUUGAAAGCAUGGACAUAGGCUUUGAAGAGAUAUGCAAGGCGGUCCUUAUGUUUGCAGUACCUGGUGGAGUUGUGAUUCUGACUCCUGCCAUUCUGGCUACACUGGGGUUCACUUCAGCUGGAAUAGUAGCAGGCUCUAUCGCUGCCAAACUGAUGUCAUAUUUAGCAAUUGCUAGUGGAGGUGGAGUUGCAGCAGGAGGUCUCGUAGCAAUCUUGCAGUCCUGGGGUGCAGCAGGUCUGUCAUGGGCUGCCACUUUAGUGUUUGGCAGUGCUGGAGCAGCAGUGGCUUGGGUGCUCUCAACUGUGUGUAACGUGACUGUGAUAUAUGAAGAUUCACAUAGUGAAUAAACACAAACUGACCU